AUGGAGGGUGAAGCGUCCCAAUCGGUCUUCAUGGGCCCUGGACAGCAGUUCUAUGUAGCUCGAACCCUCAUGCCAGGCAUGAAGGCAGCGGCGCUACUGUGGGGGCGUUGGAUGGCCCUCAUAGCAAGGCUGCGACAAGGCAUGUUCGAGGAGGAGGAGCUGGUCGUGGUAGUACUCCCCAAGAAAGUGAUCCUGGUGAUGCAGGGCGACCAAGUUCGAAGGGACCAGAUGGCCGCAUUGGUGUUGACGUCCCUGACGGCUUUGGGAUUGAACAUCCAGUGGGGCCGAGGCAAACGUGGACGGGACAUCCUCGUCGACGGGGCGAGUCUGACCAAGACACAGCUGGGAGGAGAAGUGGUCCAGCUGGCAUGGCCCACACAGAAGUUCGUACAGUUCCAAGAAUUACUGGAAGCCCAGGACCAGGCACCAGAAGUGGUGGAAGUCAUGGGCCAGCACCUGUUCGAGAUCGGACGCGAGCUGCACCGCCGGUACCCAAGUAGCAGGGAGAUGUACUUGCUCAUGGGAUGCGUGUGGCUGCGCUGGUCAGAAUUAGAGGAACGGGAAAGGAAGGAGGCCAGGGCGCUGAAGGAAGACUGGGGCCUCCUGAAGGCGAAAGUGGUGCAGGGAAUGGUUGAGAGCGAGCAUCGAUUCGCCACAGAAGUGAGAGUUCGGCUCUAUCUGGAAGAGUUCAAGGUGACAGCUGUGCUGCAGACGGGCACGAGGCUGGCUCGAGUGCUGGUGACGCACACCAAAGCAUCAGAGUGGGCCAGGCUGGGUUGGCCGCGAAGGCAAGAGGUCGGAUGGAGCUCGAAGGUGUGGCUGGCCUUGCUCAUAACGCUGAAGCAUUGGCCUGCGGCCCUGCGGCUGGUUGCCCCGACCUUCUUGAUCCAGAGGGAGCAGUUCCAGGCUUGGUCGAAGAUGGCCACGGGCCAGAGCGCUCACACGGACUUGUUCCUGCGGCAGGAGUGGCAGGUACAGCUGGUUCGCCUGAGCCUCGACGGCUGCAAAGUGGAGGAGGACACAACAGGUGAGCCGCGAGACGACCGGGUAGCGGACGCGGAACCAGGGGCGAACCUGGGUGGCGGGCUACUGGUUGAAGGGGUCCCGUUGAUUGACCUGCCUUGGCUCAACGAGCACCGACCUACCUGCCAUGCUAGAUGGGCGGACCAGCACUUAUGGGGCUGGGCGCGGAGAACUCCAUGGAGGUGGCGAAGGGCGGACCAGCCAUUAAAGAGGAGGAACCAGAAGGAGAAAGCGGAACUGCAGAAGUAUGGUAGAGAGAAAGGGACAGCAGGAUGGGCAGACCAGCCAUUGAAGAGGGAGAACUGGAAGGAGAAAGCGGAGCUGCAGAAGUUUAGUGGAGAAAAGGUGACACUAAGGAAGAGAGAAAAGGUGACGAUGGGCGGACCAUACGUCGCAGAUAGAGAACCAGGGGGAAAAAGGGUAGCUGCAGGGUAUGGUGAAGGAAAGGGGACACACGAGAGCAGAGGAAAAGGAGUCCAAAGGAAGUUUCACCGAGGAAACAUGGAGGAACAAGGUGAGGAACCGGGAUGGAAGCGCACUGAAGAGGAGCUGAAGUGCAUCAAGGUGUCAAAACGUGAAUACGAAGAAGGAAUGGAAGGGCACAGCCGUGCAGAGACGCUCGAGGUGGGCCCGAGAAAAGGACAUGCUGAUUACCGCUCGGAGCCAAGCAGCAGAAGGGCGACGGUGUGGUGGAACCGCGAGGAGGCGAGAAGGAAGAUGGGCAAGAAUAGAAUGCCAAAGGAAGGUACGCGAAGGAUAGAGGAAAGGGAAAGCGCGCUUAAAGAGGUAUACGACCGCGAGGGCGGCUGA